AUGAAUGGUACAAACUCCAUUUCCGCCUUGCAACCACCGCAAUGGCAGGAAACCAUAGAGAGGGCAGUCCAGUCGAUCGUCUCAAUUCGCGCCAGUCAAGUUGCUGCGUUUGACACUGAACCCGCGGAAUCUUCUGAGGCAUCUGGUUUUGUUGUGGAUGCUGUUAGAGGAAUUAUCUUGACAAAUCGUCACGUCGCAUGUGCUGGUCCUUUUGUAGGUGAAGCUAUUUUUCACGAUCAUGAAGAAGUCGAUGUCUUUCCCAUUUAUCGUGAUCCAGUCCACGAUUUUGGCUUCCUCAAGUUUGAUCCGAAGAAAGUCAAAUACAUGAAGGUUAAGCAAAUUGCUCUGAAACCUGAAGGUGCUAAAGUUGGCAUUGAUAUUCGCGUUGUGGGUAACGAUGCUGGAGAAAAAUUAAGUAUUCUUGCCGGUUCUAUUUCACGACUUGACCGCAAUUGUCCCGACUAUGGUGAUUUGACAUAUAAUGAUUUCAACACUUUCUACCUCCAAGCUGCAUCCAGCACUAGUGGUGGAAGUUCAGGAUCUCCUGUCAUUAAUAUUGACGGAGAUGCUGUCGGUCUACAGGCCGGAGGUCAUACUAAAGCUGCAACGGAUUACUUUUUGCCUUUGGAUAGAGUAAAACGUGCGUUGGAGUAUAUUCGAAAGGGCCUGGACGUACCACGUGGAGAUAUUCAAGCUCACUUUAUGUACCGACCAUUUGAUGAAGUCCUGCGAUUAGGUUUGCAAACCUCAACUGAAGCCAAGAUCCGAAAGCUCUUCCCAGAGGAAAUAGGUAUGCUGGUUGCUGAAACAGUCAUUCCCAAAGGUCCAGCAUCCCAAUAUAUGGAGGAAGGUGAUGUGCUCCUAACAAUCAAUGGUGAAUACAUCACCAAAUUUGGACCUUUCGAAUCUGUUUUGGACUCCAAUGUGGAACAAGAAGUGGUUAUUGGCAUUGAACGCGGAGGAGAAUAUAAAGAGUUCACUGUCAAAGUGGGCGACCUGCAUGCAAUUACACCAGAUCGAUUUGUAGAGAUUGGAGGCGCAAAGUUGAAUUCAUUAUCAUAUCAGCUUGCUAGAGCAUACUGCGUGCCUUGUCAAGGAGUUUAUGUCUGUGAACCACAUGGCAUGUUUAGACUUGAUGGUCCUGACCAAGGAUGGAUCAUUCAAAGCGUUGAUGACAAGGAAACCCCAGAUCUUGAUGCUUUUGUGGAAGUCAUGAAGAGUAUUCCGGAUCGCGAGCGUGUACCAGUUGUCUAUCACUCCAUUGCCGAUUUCCAUACUACGCUUGUGGCUGUCGUUCAAGUAGAGAGACAUUGGGCACCUUUCCGAAUGGCUGUGAGAAACGAUAAGACUGGACUUUGGGACUAUACUGAUUUUGGGAAGCCCAUCCCUCCCAAACCUAUCGAACCAACUACUGCCAAAUUCAUCACCAUGAAUGAAAGCUUGGGUCCUGCCAAAGAAUUGAUUCGUUGCCUAGUCAAAAUUAGCUACUACAUGCCAUGUCGUCUUGAUGGAUUCCCAAAAAGUAGAAAGUUUGGAGCUGGUCUUAUUGUCGAUAAGGAAAAGGGCCUGAUUGUUGUUAGUAGGAGCGUCGUUCCCACAUUGCUUGGUGAUCUCUCUAUCACAUUUGCGGAUUCAGUGAUUAUCCCCGGCAACGUCGAGUACUUGCAUCCAACUCAUAACUUUGCCAUCGUCCGUUAUGAUCCCAAGCUUAUUGGCGAAACCAAUGUCCUCGAAGCACCAGUCAGCGAUAAUGUUCUUGGUCAAGGACAUAAGGUCACCUUGAUAGCCUACAAUCAUAAUCAGCGACCUAUUUGCCUGACUACUGCGGUUACCGAUGUCACUUGCAUCACUAUUCCUCACAAUGCUAGCCCUCGAUUCCGCGGUAUCAACAUGGAUUCAAUCACAUUAGACACACCUUUAGCUCAGCAGUGUUCCUCUGGGUUAUUGGCAGAUGCCGAAGGCAAGGUUCAAGGACUUUGGCUAAGCUAUUUGGGAGAACGCAACAUGAACGGACAUGAUAGCGAAUAUCAUCUUGGUUUGGAUAUCAGGUCUAUUUUACCUUGUUUGCAACCCUUGCAACAGGGUGUCAAGCCCAAGCUGCGGUCACUCAAUAUUGAGCUUAUGCCAGUGCAAAUAGCCCAAGCUGUAUCAAUGGGUUUGUCCAAUGAAUGGAUUUCAAAGGUGGAGAAGUCGAAUAACACAAAACACCAACUCUUCCUUGUGCGAAGGAUGGAGGCAGGCAGUGCGAGUGCCCAGGUCCUUAAGGAGCUCGACCUUGUAUUAGCGAUCAAUGACGAAACCAUCACUCGAAUGUCACAACUUGACGUUCAAUACAAUUCAGAAGUUUUAAAAAUGACCAUUCUAAGGCACAAAAAGGAGCUCAUACUGGACGUACCUACUAGUGAAAUCGAUGAAGAUGGUGGUGCAACAAAGCGUGUUGUAUUCUGGGCAGGUAGUGCUCUACAUGAACCACAUAAGGCGGUCUUACAACAAAGUAAAUCUGUGCCUUCUAAGAUUUAUGUGUCUGCUCGUGCAAAGGGAUCACCAGCCUAUCAAUACGGAUUGGUGCCCACCACCUGGAUUACGCAUGUGAACUCCAAGCCCACCUCCGAUCUAGAUGCCUUUUUGGAGGCUGUCGGGCAAGUGCAAGACAACACAUAUGUCCGCAUUAGAACUGUGUCGUUCGACAACGUUCCUAUUGUGGUGAGCGUGAAGACGAACAAUCAUUAUUUCCCAACUUCUGAUUUGAGACGAGAUGAUACAUCAGAGUGCGGAUGGGCACGGCAUGAGAUAUCUUAA